UUCAGUGCGUCGGCGACAUAGUGAAGCUUUCUUGUUUUGUACUUUUGUGAAACAGGGUGAGAAUUCUGUGAGCGGACUGAAUUGUCGUUGAGUUUUCGACGAUGGCUGAGUACCUUGCUUCGAUUUUCGGCACCGAAAAGGACAAGGUUAACUGUUCUUUUUACUUCAAAAUCGGUGCUUGCCGGCACGGAGACCGAUGCUCCAGGAUUCACAACAAGCCGACUUUCAGUCAGACCGUUCUUCUACAGAACUUAUAUGUCAACCCUCAGAAUUCAGCCAAAUCUGCGGACGGUUCUCAUUUGGUCAGCAAUGUAUCAGAUGAAGAAAUGCAAGAGCACUAUGACAACUUUUUUGAAGAUGUCUUUGUCGAGUGUGAAGAUAAGUAUGGAGAAAUAGAAGAGAUGAAUGUUUGUGACAACCUUGGAGAUCACCUUGUCGGAAAUGUUUACAUCAAAUUUCGCCGGGAAGAGGAUGCCGAGAGGGCUGUUAACGAUUUGAACAAUAGAUGGUUUGGAGGAAGGCCAGUUUAUGCGGAGUUAAGCCCCGUCACUGACUUCAGAGAAGCUUGCUGUCGGCAGUACGAAAUGGGAGAAUGUACUCGAAGUGGUUUUUGCAAUUUUAUGCAUUUGAAACCAAUUUCAAGGGAGCUCAGAAGGUACUUGUACAGCAGGAGGAGGAAAGGAAGCGGUGGCCGAAGAUCAAAAAGUAGAAGUAGAGGAAGAUCCCGUUCACCAAGGAGAUCUAGAGAUAAAAGAAGAUCAAGAUAUUAAAUCAGAAAAACACAAAAAACAUUCUCAUCUUCAAGUUUAUUCAUUUUAAUUAUUUGUAUUUGUAUCUCUGAGAAUUAAAUAUAUGUGUAUCAAUCAUUUUA